AGAACAAUAGAUAGAAGAAAAAAAAAGUCGUCAUAAAAGAAUAGGGAGUAUUGCACACAUUUUUUUUAAAAAAAAAAAAAAUCUGUGUAAUAUUGAGACAUAGAAAGACUAAAAAAAGAAUAAAGAAAACGAAAAUAACAUCCAAAAUCAGCGGUUUGAGCGCAGUUCCCAUGCUUUCCUCUACCUUGCUAACUCCGCUUUCAGAGUAGUGGUUGCAUGUUCUUUUUUACAUGACAAGCAAAGAAAUCUCCAUUUUCAAUGUAUAAAUUCAUUUCCCAUUUCUCCUUCUUCAAUAAAAUUCCCAAGCCCUCUAUUACUCUUUCUUCUUCUUCUCUUCUUCUUCUUGCAGAUGGGUUCUGUUGGGAGCCUUCAGAGUAAAGCAAGCAGCAGCAGAGGAAGGUCUUAUGCUCUGAUGCUGCUUAUUGCAUUUGGGGCAGCCUUGCUAGGAGUUAUGCUUCUUAACAAAUUCAGAGAAAGGCGUAUUUGCAACCUUCUUCUCAAACGCACAGAUCAAGACCUCCGUUCCUUUCAACUCCUCUUUCAGAAAGAGAAGGAUCGAAGCAAGGAAUUGGCGAAGAGCCACGAAGACAUGACUGCAGCGCUGUAUGUGCUCCGAACCAAGAAGAUGGAGCUUGAUAGGAGGCUACUGGAGUUGCAAUCCACCAUUGACUCACUCAGAGACGAGCAGAAAAUCACAAGUGUUGCACUCCAAGAAAAGCAGAGUGAGAUCAAAACUUUGAGGGAGAAAGAAAUUGAAUCUGGAAACGAAAAUCCUCAAGUGGUUGCUUUAACGAAAAGCCUCAAGCAAAAGGAAGAUGAGUUAGAGGAAUUGAGACGUCGACUCGAGUCUCCUGCAGCUGUUGCGGCUAAUGAUUCAUCAGAUUCAGACCCACGUGGGGAUUCAAAAACGUCUGAAACACUAAGGGAGCAAUUGCUUGAAUCGAGCGGAGGAAGAGGAGAGAGUGAAUCAAUGGAUAACAACAGAGGGGGGAGUAAAUCGACAGGUUUUCAUGAGAUUGAAACUCAGAAGUUAGAGGGUCAUGAAGGAGUGGAGGAAAGGCAGAAGCAAGAGAAGUUGGGAGACGAGGGUGAAAAUGCCAUUGGGAGGGAACUUGAGGGCGAGGAGACUAAAAUCACCAACGAACAUAAGGAGAAAGAAGUCGGGCAUUCUGAAGAAGUUGAAAAUGGAAGAGCUAAUAAGAUUGCAAGGAGUGAAAUUAAGAUGAAAACAGAAACAGGCAAAUAUGGGAAUACACGGAAGAUCAGAGGAAAGAGAUGGAGAUACAUAGCCAAAAGAAGGGCAGUGGACAAUGGAUGGAGACUGAUAUCGAAGAAAUCGAAGAAGGAUAGCAGAAACAGAAAUUUGAACGACAAUAGAGCCGAUGGCACAACACAUGGGAAGUUCAUUGAUGGAGCAGAGGAGAAAAUGAAAGAGGAGCACACACAGGGCGCAAAAGAAAAUUUGAUGGAAAUGGAAAACAAAAUGGUACAAGAAAAUUUGAAUUCAGAAAAUGACACAUCCAGAGAGAAAAAUGGGAAUGGAGACGUGGAAGAUGAUAGCAUUAAGCAAAACCCAGGUGAAGAGAUGGAGCAAAAUGACUCAAAAAGUGAAGAAAACCAAGAACCAGAACGAGGAAUGGACUCCAAGGAAGAUGGUAAAGAAGAAGAAGAAAACAAGGAAGAGCCAGAGGAGUCAGAGUUUUAAAUUGAAUGCCCAACUGUUAAAUGUUUUAUCUUUCGUAUGUUUCAAUAGCCAUAUGGGUGUUGUGUUGUGUCGCAGUGCAUAAAGCUCAUGGAACACAAUGUUUCUAAUUGCAUGUAAUCAAACCAAGUGAUCCAAUCGUUAACAAAAUGACACCAAAGAUUGCAAUAAACUGAUAACUCAAAAA